UCUCCAGCUGGCCAGCAGUGCCUUCAAGUUGUGCUCAACCGUACCAUCAUCCGCACCACGCCGUACACGUUUUUGAUUUCUGUGUGUACCUCAUUCUAAUUCGCGCGUUGCUCCUCGAGAUUGGACGCGUGUCGGCCGCUGCUGGUCCAGGAAAGUGUGAAAUAGUGAAAUGAAACGCCAAUAAUAAUCAUCGGGAGAAGAUUUGUAUAAUUGUCUCUGAUUCUUCCCGGCGCCGAUUCAGACACACUUCAACAUUCAGCCCGGUCAGAUGUGCACCGAACUGGUCGAGUACAAGAUCUGUCCAGGAAUUUUGCCAACUAUACUAUUGAAUCUGAUCUUAACCAAACAAAUAUACAUAACUGUGCAGUGUGUAGUUUAGUGUCAGUGUGUUUUGCUGAUGCCUCGAAGAUUGGAUUAAAACGUAAUCAAUAAUCGAAAUUUUUUGUACACCGUCAUAUAGUUGUAGCAAGUGUCUUUAAGUACCAAAAAAGUUCAAUAAUUAGUAAUGAGUAACAAAAAGCGGCAAGGAGACGUGGACAGCGGCGAUGCAGAUGCAUAUCACCAACUGACACCAAAAACGAAUUUGCAACUAAUCAGUCCAACCUUAACUGCGGGGUAUGGGAAGGAUACGGAUGCAGAAACGCUAGGACUGAGAGGGUCGCUUGCUGAACUGGCUCGGGUAGCCAACAAGAGAAGCAAUCGAAUGCAGCUUAUGAUGAGUGUUUUGGCUAAUUUGACGGUGCUCUCCUCAGGCAUGGGUUUAGGAUAUUCCGCAAUCACACUGCACUCGCUUACUAGAGAGGGUGAUCCGUUACGGUUAGAUGCCAAUCAGGCGUCAUGGUUUGCUUCCAUAAAUUCUAUCGCGUGCCCCUUCGGUGGACUACUGUCAGGCUACUUGUUGGAUCGCAUUGGACGAAAGUGGACUCUGGUACUGAUCAAUGUGCUGUCCAUCAGUUCGUGGACGUUAAUUGCUGUGUCCAGCAGCACUAACUUCGAGCUGAUGUAUACGCAAAUUUUAAUCGCUCGGGUUGUUAUAGGACUGGUAAUUGGCUUGGUAAGCGCUCCGGCAUCAAUCUACUCUGCUGAAAUAGCCAUCCCUAGCAUGCGGGGUCGUCUCACCGUGCUAACGUCCCUCGCAAUCGCCGUAGGCAUUUUGAUGAUCUACACAUUCGGUUACUUUAUUCCCGAAGACUUUCGUAUGGUGGCCGCCAUCGCGUCCGUAUGCUGCGUCGGAUCGCUGUUGAUGCUGAUCCCAUUGCCCGAAUCACCUGCUUGGCUCAUGUCUAAGCAGAGGGACGCGGAGGCAGAACGAUCGCUGAAGAAAAUACGAGGCUUUGGGUCGUGUGGUAAAACGAUACCGGAAAUUGAACACGAGUUGGCACGCUUGCGAGAUAAUGUAGAAGCACAGAAACGGGCAGGAAAGGAACGGUUUUUGGACUUGAUCAAGCAACCUCAAGUUUACAAACCUUUAGGGGUAAUAAUUGGGUUCUUCGGAUUUCAACAGUUCUCUGGAAUCUUCGUAGUCAUCGUAUAUGCAGCAAAGGUUUCAUCGGAAGCAAGUGUGUCGAUCGAUCCUUUUUUGUGCACGGUGCUGAUCGGUGUGACUCGAGUUAUUGCCACUUCUAUGGUGGCCUACAUUCUGGAUACCCUAGGACGCAAGCCUCCGUCGAUUUUUUCCGGUGUGGGAAUGGCCGCCUGUAUGUUCGGCAUUGCUGCUUGUAUAUUCCAUCCCCCGGCGGAAAACCUCCGUUGGCUCCCGACGUUCCUUAUUAUAACUUACAUCUUCACCAGUACUCUAGGAUUCCUCACAAUGCCAUUCAGCAUGUUGGCGGAGUUAUUCCCACAGAAAGUACGUGGUCCUGCAUCCGGAGUGACUGUUUUCUUCGCUUAUUUGAUGUCAUUUGUAAUAAUCAAACUAUAUCCUACCAUGGUUAAUGGCAUGGGUAGUGCCAAUGUGUUCAUUUUCUAUGGAGCAGUAUCUCUCUUGGGCGUUCUUUUUGUGUACUAUGUAGUACCUGAAACCAAAGGAAAAACCCUGCAAGAAAUCGAAGACUAUUUUUGCGGGAAAUCCGUUACAAGGCGAUCGAGUCAAUCGAAUGAUGGAGACAGCGCCAGGAUGUCAUCUUCGGUUCGAGCAUAGUUGUGAAGCGGCGGCAUUUCUCAAAUAAUCGGGCGUACUUAAAUAGCCAUUUCUCUUUAUAUGAAUGGCAUUUCGGCAGCGGCAUUUAAUAUUAAGCGAUUCCCUCUAGAAUUUUUUUAAUUGCCUCUGAUGAGGGCCGAAGUGACAAAGAUGGAAAGUUAUCAAAAUUCAUCAAACGAUACCGAUUGCUAGAACGACCUUAAAUUUAAGUGGUACGCAAUUCGGUCUGUUUGAUGAUCAUUCGUGGGAAACCGUUGAUUAGUGUGCGUAAAUUUGGAUCAAUUGGUAGAAAUUGUUUUCUAUUAGAUGCUGCGCAUAGAACCAUAUACGCUUAAUUAACAGGAAUUUUAUAACAUCACUCUUAGCAGUUACAGUACUGUGAUAGCUUUAAAAUGUUAGAAGUAAGAUCAAGUCAAAUUUGGUUUGUCCAAGUACACGGUUUCACUUAUUGUAAUUUAAAAUGAUAGGCUAGGAAAUAUAUGUUUUAAACAAGCUGAUAA